AUGGACUCUCAGAGAGUUUCCUCUCUCCACGAGAGAAUCAGAGGAGCUCCUUCUUCAGGGAACGGUGCAGCUGCCCAGGAGGCGCGCGAGGUCACCCUUCCGGCCCGGAACGGCGACGUCGUGGGCAGCGCCGACUACGUGGUGACGGUGGGCUUUGGCACUCCCAAGAAGAACCAGACCGUCAUCUUCGACACCGGCAGCAGCAUCUGCUGGAUCCAGUGCCAGCCCUGCGUCGGCUCCUGCUACGAUCAGCAGGAGCCCAUCUUCGACCCCUCCAGCUCCUCCUCCUACCGUAACAUCUCCUGCUCCUCCGACGCCUGCCGCGCCCUCCCCUCCAAUGGCUGCUCCGGCGGCACCUGCCUCUACUCCGUCCACUACGGCGACAGCUCGGCCACAGUAGGCUUCCUCGGCACGGAGCAGCUGACGCUGGCCACCGGCUUCGUCUUCCCCAACUUUGUCUUCGGCUGCGGCGAGCGCAACGAGGGGCUCUUCACGGGGAUCGCCGGCCUCAUCGGCCUCUCCCGUAGCCCCUUCUCGCUGCCCACGCAGGCAUCUCAGACCCUCGGCAGCAACGUCUUUUCCUACUGCCUCCCCGGCCCGAGAAGACCCGCCGGUAAGCUCACUGUCGGCGGCUCACCGUCGGCGGCGGCGGCGUAUACGCCAAUGCUCAGCAACGCGCAGGAGCCGACGCUGUACUUCCUCAACCUGAUCGGGAUCAGCGUCGGCGGGCAUCCCAUACCGGUGGCGCCGACGGUCUUCCAGUCUGGCACCAUCAUCGACUCCGGGACCGUCAUCACCCGCCUGCCACCGGCGGCGUACAGCGCCCUCCGCACGGCCUUUCGCCGCGCCAUGGCGCAGUACCCCCCGGCGGAGCCCGCCGAUCUGCUGGACACCUGCUACGAUCUCAGCAGCGUGAAGAACAUCUUGGUUCCGGCGAUCACCCUCCACUACGACGGCGCCAACGUGCCCUUGGAGCCGACGGGGGUGCUCCUCGCCGUCGAGGAAGGUCAAGUCUGCCUUGCGUUCGCCGGGAACGAGGAGCCCAGCGACGUGGCAAUCAUUGGGAACGUCCAGCAACGGGGAAUGGAGGUCAUUUACGAUAUCAGUGCGAAGCAGAUCGGCUUCGCCGCCGGGGCCUGCAGCUGA